UAGUUUAUAUACGUGAGAACUUGAAUCAGUCGUUUACUGACCGCAGGAUUGUGUGGUCGUGCGUGUUUCUAAAGUGUUAGUGUAGCUACGUUAGUGAAAUGAGGUUGAUUUUGUUAAUUGGUUUCUCGUUGAGCCUGACCAGUUCGUGCUUCGGGAGCGUACUGAGAUGUGCAUCCAACGACGAGGAUCCUUCGUGUCUCCCCAACAUGGAACAGAAAGGCAUAUCAAACCUCUCUUGGGGUAACCAGUGUGCUCCGGGCACGUAUUGGAAAACGGAAUGCAACACGUGCACGUGUGAACCUGGUGGAUUUGCAACGUGCACCAAAGUGGGAUGCGAUAAUGAACGUUCUAGGGUCUGCGCCCCUGGCUCCCAAUGGACGAAUGAUUGUAACGCCACCUGCUGGUGCAUAGACGGACAACCGAAAUGUAAUAAAGACUGCACUGUGUCUUUAGAUACAAACAAACGUAAAGUUUUAGAACUAAAGGAAGGGGAGGAAUGCGCGCCCGGAACCGCAUGGCACACUGAAUGCAACUCAUGCAUUUGUUCGCCUCAAGGCCUGGCCAUGUGUACCCUCAACUCUUGUCUGAAUGAGCGAAAAACAAAAUGUGCACCAAACACUUUCUGGAAGUACCAAUGCAACAGUUGCUACUGUUACGAUGGCCGACCUUUGUGCACUUUAUUGGCAUGCGAAUCUCCGGAUGGUAAAACUAAUAAAACAACAAUGAAACAGCCAGAAAACAAAGAGUGUGUACCAGGAACUUCGUGGAAGACGGAUUGCAACGAAUGCUCCUGCCAACCAGAUGGAUUCCGUAUUUGCACCAAUUUUCAUUGUGACGAAAAUGAUCCUGUUUUAUUUGAAGAAAGCACAACGAAAAAGAGCCCGGAAUUGACAACAAAGUCGAGUCUCAACAAAACAAUCGUAUGCGUUGCAAAUCGCAUGUUCAUCAAGGAUUGCAAUACGUGCUGGUGUAAUGAUGACGGGACCAGUUUCUUCUGUACUAGAAAAGUUUGUAUCCCCGAAUUACCUGAAGACGUUGACAGCAACAACCAAAACACUGAGGAACUUCGUGUAAUACAUCGCGAGUGUCGUCCAAACGAGGUGUUUGAACUAGAUUGCAAUAUGUGUCGAUGCAAUCCUGAUGGAAAGUCAUUUUCUUGCACCAGACGCGCUUGCGCGGAACAAACUGAUGAUGUUCAGAAUUCUACGUUAGUCAGAAAAGUGCGAGGUUUAUCACAGGGACCACUUAAAGCUUGCCAGCCCGGCUCCGAGUUCCGUAUGGACUGCAACCAAUGCCUGUGCGACGAUGAGGGGCAAGCUUUCUCCUGCACCAGAAUCGAUUGUAAUGCACAGAACAAUAACAACAAUGGAGGACUCCGAUCGAAGAGAGAUACAACGGAAAAGAUAGCUACACAAUGUACACCGGGCAGUGUAUUCGAGAGGGGCUGCAAUGUAUGCAGGUGCACCGGCGAGGGCGAAGCACUUUGCACCAACAACAAGUGCGGCAAGGUCUACACCGUCGAGGUCACCAGCGCCACGCCUGCACCAGCAGUCAACUCCAAUGUGGACUCCAAUUUCCGCUGCAAUCCCGGCGAGCAAUUCAAUUUCGAAUGCAACGAUUGCACAUGCUCGGCCGACGGCAAAGACGUCUUCUGCACCCUGCGUCUUUGUGAUCAAAGUCUGUAUCCAGACAUCUAAUUUCCUUCCCAACCACCUUGAGAACUUCAUUAUGAUUACUAAUCGAUUAUUAUUCACAAUCGAUUAUCCAUUCGAUUACAUAAAUCGUAAUUCUCGCGAUUACACACAAUUGAAUCUGACGUCGUAUCGCAAACAAGUUUUUUAUCGAGAUAAUUAUACGACAAUUGCGAUUACGCAUCGAUAAAUUCGUAUAAUCGAAUAAAAAUAAUUACUGAACCACUUUUUGUUACACUAUUGUCUCCUUUUUUGCUUUAUUGUAGCCCUUUAUUCAUCUGAUUAUUCAUUAAAAUUAACAGCAUUACUCCAUCGUCGAAUUUGACUGGCUCUUGUACUUUUAUUACAUUUAGGGCGUGUGUAUUCGAUUUAGUAUUUUAUUAUUAAACUAUUACUAAUAAAAUAAAAAUGAAGCAUCUACUCGUUUAUCGUCUCAAGGUGGUAGUAACAGCAGCAUUACUUUCCGUCUCAUAUAGUUACUUAACUUUUUGUAACUUAGUUAUUCUAAACUAAAUGUAAUUUUUAGAGUACUAAUUUGCUCUUUAUUGUCUUUGUGUCGUGAAUGUUUAGUUUCUAUUAAGUAUUUUGUGAUUACUUUUACUUAGCUAUUAUUUAGUAUUAGUAAUCAAUCUGACAAUAAAAAAGCAAAUAUUUAAAGUAAACUUUUAAUUUGUACUAUUAUUAAUUUUUUUUUAUUGCAUAAUUGUAAAUGACUAAAUUCAUAAAAAAAAACUGGAGCAGUCCAAUUGAAUAAAUAUUUGCUUUUUUAAAUCAUCAACAAUUAUUUUUUAGUUUUAAUAUUUGAAUGACGUGUUUAGUUUAGUAUUUGUACGUAAUCGAUUAUUAAUCGAUAGUUGAGUUGACAUAACUAAGUCGAUAGGUAUUAGUAUUUUUUUUCAGAAUUUGUAUACAUCGUUAAUGAUUUUGUCAAAAUGAAACUGAUUUUAUGAAUAUGUAAACGAAAAAUUUCCGCUAGAGCCUAUUUUGAAAUUUGUCUAAACUUUCAUUAACACUUCACAUUUUUAAAUUAACUUUUAGGGAAUCGACACCAUCAAUACCCACUUUUUAAACGUAUUUCUCUAAAAUUAUUGUUAACAUUAAGCAGGGAUGGAUUUAGAAAAUUUCUAAAUCGGCACUGUUCUAUGUUCGUAAUUAUUUUAAUUAUCCAAAUUGAUCAUUGGUUUAUUCACGAAUUAGUUACAUUGUCUAUUAGAAUCUAUAAAACGAUUUCUGAUUAAAAUUAUGUGCCAAUCACAUAUUAUGAUACAUAUAUGACCGUAAGAUAUCAUUAGUUAUAUGCAAGAUCUAUAUCGAUUAUUCGAUAAGAUUAUUCGAAUCCUAGUUUUAAUCGAUUGUGUGACAGUAUGGUGUGGGAAUUUUUACGUGACUUUUUUAUUUAGUUAAUUAGUGAAUUUUUAAUUGAUAAGUGGCUUAAUUGUAUGUUUUUGUACUACUGUGUACCCUCUUGUAUUAGACAAUACGUAAAUUAAGUCGUGAAAUAAAAUGAUUUUAAAAUGAAUAAAGAAGUUUGAAUGUCA